CGACAUGACCCCUACAAGCUUGGCCUUUCAUUUAAAUAUUACCAUUGUUUCACCACGCUUACUGUUGAUUUUUAUAGCCAGACGUCACCAUCUACACAUUCUGUUCAUCUAAUUGGAUCAUGGGACAAUUUUUCGAAACAUUAUCCGAUGGAACGAGAUACCAGGCGCUCGCGCGGUCAAUGGCGAGGCUGUUACGCAUUUACGGAUAUCAUCUGCGACGGAGAUGGCGAUGGCAGCCCUAAACGGACUGGUGGUUUGAAAAUGGGCUCCACCUAUUAUUACUACUACGAGCUCGACGAUGGCACCGAACACUAUGACCCCUCACUUCCAUCAACUACAUCUUGCCCAUAUCUCCCAGGUCAACCGGUCAAUCUUCUCUCGGUCCCAGUUGAGGUUCAACCCCUUCGAUAUCGCAGCGCUUCCAUGACCUCAAUGGCGAAUAGCGAUAUCAAAACAAUGAACCCUGCCGAUAAAUUUAUGGCGCCGCGACCUCCACCUCCGACCCCUACCAUCCUCCCUCGUUUGAACACAUCACCGUCCUUGGUCGCUAAGAAGAGGAAUGCACGUUCCGUCUCACCACCAAGCAAGCCUGAAAGGUCUCCAUGGUCUCCAAAGGCCUUUUUCGGACUUCGAUCACCAGCUGUAUCAUCAUUCCAAGACAACGAUAAGCGUGGCCGGUCGUCCACGUCAACAACCAAUACGGUAGAGGGAAGUAGCAGUGCCAGCAACACGUCUCUCAUCAAUCUAUCGGGGGAUUUGAGGAAGGUCACGUCGGUACCCCAGACGCGUGAUCCAUCCCCGCAGUCAAAGAUAUCUCUUUCCCGGGAACCUUCUCCACUCCGACAGUUGGCGACUCACGAAAGCAACACAUAUAACAGUACCACGCUCGUCAUCCCCGACGAGAUCGUUGAAGAAGCUGAAGAUGACGACAACUUUGCUAGCCAGCUGAACCGUACUUCCUUGAAUAAUCGAGGCAUUUUCACCCAAUUGUCACCUGCACCAUCACGGAUGCGUCCACAGUCCCCACAAGUACGCACCGCCACGAAUACUUCUAAACCUCUUCCACUGCUGCCGGAAGAAACUCUUGUGCCACCCCCUCUUCGUCUGCGAGCGACCAUCUCUGCUGCAGAGCUACCAAGAUCCCAUUUCUCCGUCUCGACUGUUUCCACAACUAUCAGUUCGCCUGCCGAUAGUCACUUCGACUUUAGUGAGACACCUUCCAUCUCGGACUCAUGCGACGAUGAUGAAUUCUCUGUAGAUAUUGGCAGCGAGAAUGAGUUCACUUACAGUCCCGUGAUCGACGAGACUCUACUCAGUGGGUUUAGCGGCUACAGCUUACCCGAUGAUCAGUAUGCUUCUGAACAAACUCUCCGAAAAGAGGCAACAACAUCAAACCUGACCAAGUCUGCCGCUAGGUCUACGUUUGGAGGAGCCUCUGCGUUUCCCGUGCCUGAUGGCGAGAACAUGAGCGCUUUGGAGGAAUUGAUGAAUGACAUGGGAUACCUCGGUGGCGUCAUUGUUGCAAGGGAUUAA